GUUUUUGGAGGAAAGGGAUGAAGGUAAAGGUGAGGAUCAGGUUGGAGGUAUUUCAGUGAGGGACAGCAAUGAUUGUGUUUUGUUACUGAACAGUAAUUGUAAUCAUAAGUAGAUAAAUUCAGUGUGAUAAUUUUCCGUGAAAUUACACUGCAACUGUAGUUAUGAAAAGAGUUACCGCUGGGUCUAUCGGGAGAUAGGGAUGUUAACGAAAUCGUAUUUUCCUGUUGGCCCUUAGCUAGUCUAAUCAAGCUUGCUAGCUGUCUACCUACCUAAAAAGUGCAACGUCGUGCAGAUUACUGUACUGUUUAGAAAAGAUAGGGCGAACUCCAAUAGUGACCCCAGAUACCAGUGAAUUCUGGGGGUUUCCUCUGAGUGUUACUGAAGAAACGUCGACUGGUCUCUGAUCAACUCGCAACGUUGUUGGUCAUUUUUUCAACUGCGCCGCUUUAGACCUCCCUGGAACAUUCGCUCCGCACAACCACAAGAGAGGACUUUGUUUUUGUUCCCCAGUCAGUGUUAUGGAGGACGACCAGGCCUGCACCGUCAGGGAGGACAAACCCAGCCUGCUGCUCUCCUUCCACACUGAGAUCAAACAAGAGUCACCGGAUUCUGAUGGUGACAGUGGAGCUCAGUGUUCAUUGGUGGAUUCAGAGAUGACAUCAGUGAAGCUGGAAGACUGCAGUCAAACACUGGGACUGAAUGAUAUUAAAUGUGAAGAGAAGGAGGAGGAGAUUGGAGAUUUAUGUAAUCAAGAUGGGAUUCCAGAAGUGGAGGCAUUUUCUACAUUUGGAGAAAAACAACACAAAGACUACAAAGAAAAUAAGUCUUACCACUGCUCCCAUUGUGAAAAAUGUUUCCUAUCUGUAUCACAGUUAAAAUGUCAUUUUGUCAUACAUACUGGAGAGAAGCCUUACUCCUGUUCUGACUGUGGGAAGAGUUUCUCUCAAUCAGGUAGUCUUAGAUCUCACCAACGCAUACAUACUGGAGAGAAGCCUUAUUCCUCUUCUGAUUGUGGGAAAAGUUUCUCUCAAUCAGGUAAUCUAAAACAUCACCAGCGCAUACAUACUGGAGAGAAGCCUUACUACUGUACCGACUGCGGGAAGAGUUUCUCUCAAUCUAGUAAUCUAAAACAUCACCAGCGCAAACAUACUGGAGAGAAGCCUUACACAUGUUUUGACUGUGGGAAGAGUUUCAUUUCAUCAUCUGAUCUUACUUGUCAUCAGAGAAUGCACACAGGAGAGAAGCCUUACAACUGUACUGACUGUGGAAAGAGUUUUUCUCAAUCUAGUAGUCUAAAACAUCACCAGCGCAUACAUACUGGGGAGAAGCCUUAUUCCUGUUCUGACUGUGGAAAGAGUUUCAUUACAUUAUCUGCAGUUAAUAUUCAUAAGAGAGUGCACACUGGUGAGAAGCCUUACUUCUGUUAUGACUGUGGGAAGAGUUUCUCUCAUUUAGGUCACUUUAAAGCUCACCGGCGCAUACAUACUGGACAGAUUCCUUACUCUUCUGACUGUGGGAAAAGUCUCAUGAGUUCAUGUGAACGUGCCAUUCACCUGAGACAAACAGAUGAGAAGCGUUACUCCUGUACCGACUGUGGAAAGAAUUUCCCUCUGUUAAGUACCCUUAAAGUUCACCAGCGCCUACAUUCUCGAGAAAAGCCUCACUCCUGUUCUGACUGUGGGAAGUGUUUCAUUUCAUCAUCUGCGUUUACUGUUCAUCAGAGAGUGCACACAGGAGAGAAGCCUUAUUCCUGUUCUGACUGUGGGAAGAGUUUCUCUCAAUCAGGUAAUCUUAAACUUCACCAGCGCAUACAUACAUGAGAGAAGCCUCACUCCAGCUCUGACUGGAAAGAGUUUCACUAAAUCAGGUUCACUUGCUUUACAUUAGAGUGCACACAGGAGAGAAUGUGCCAGCCCUUUGGAUGAAACCUAAGUAUUAUUGACCUAAGACAGCUGUGCAGUAUACGACCACACCCCUUUUAACUGUAAUAAAUACUGACUGUUCAGUGAGGAUUAU